AUCUCUCUCUUUUUUUUACUCUCUCACACUUUCUGUAUAAAACUUGCAACCUCUGUCUCACUGUUAUUCUCUAUCUAUCUUUCUCCCUCCCACUUUCUUACUGUCUCUGUGUACGUGUCUUCUCACUCUCUCCUUCACUCUGUCAUCAUACCAGCUGGUGAUUUUGGGACCGUCUGCCACAUGACUGAGUGAAGAAGCGGAGUUAGAAAGAUAUUCUCAAAAUCGUUCCAAAAUGUCUUCUUUCGGCCAAGAAGGAGAAUUUUACUCAUCCAACUACUAUGAAAACCAAAGUUCUGGAUAUAACAUGGACACUCAAGGCUUUGGCCAGGAACCUCAGUUCGGUCAGUUUGUCUACAGCCAGACCACCACUACAGAAUACAUCACGACCAACAGUCAAGAUCCAUAUUUUGGUUCUAUUAUGACACCGGAACCGACUGUCUACCAGACUACAGCACCAGACAGUUUUGAGGAUGAGCCACCACUAAUGGAAGAAUUGGGCAUUAACUUUGACCACAUCACACAAAAGACAAUGGCCGUAUUGAACCCGUUACAAGAUGCUGACCACAACAUAAUGAAGGACACUGAUCUGGCUGGACCUUUAGUAUUCUGCAUUGCUUUCGGUGCUGCUUUGAUGCUGUCUGGCAAACUGCACUUUGGUUACAUCUAUGGUAUCGGGGUUGUAGGAUGCCUUGCCAUGUAUGGUCUGUUAAACUUGAUGAGUAUCACUGGUGUUUCGUCUGGAUGUACAAUAAGUGUAUUAGGCUAUUGUCUAUUACCAAUGGUUAUCCUAUCGUCUGUAUCUGUCAUGAUCUCUUUGAAGGGAGCCCUUGGUAUAUUCCUAACUGUCAUGGCAGUUUUCUGGUGUAGUUUCUCGGCCUCAAAGCUGUUUGUCUCUGCCCUAGCAAUGGAUCACCAGCAGCUCCUUGUUGCCUAUCCAUGUGCUCUAGUCUACGGAGUAUUUGCCCUUCUCACAGUAUUUUAAUCUUGGACAUUUUGGUACCUGUUUUGUUUAGACCCCAUCUCUCACCCUGCUCCCUGCCUUGCACUCUUCCCUGAAGCCUCAUCUGAAGUUUUAAUCUUGCAAUUCUAACCCUUUUCUCUGCUGCUAUCUGAAGUGCAAACUGUUUGGAUAUGAAUCUAUCUGUAUAUUCAACAAGAGCUGGUUUAUUCCGAUUUCUGGAUUGAAGCACGAGGCCCUGCAUUUAGACUGAAGAGAGGCCAUAACAAUGCACUGUGCUCUUACAAGAGGUCUCAAGAGAAGGACUGUUAUUCAAAGCUUAUUCAAAGACUCCUGUUCCAUUCAAUGGUUUCUUUUCUGUUGAAAUGGUGAACAAACUUUCCUGACUUGAACUGAACUUCAACCAGAUAUUUUAUGUCAAAUAACUUUCUCACAAACUUUUUUCCUUCAUUAAAAUCAAACUAGCUACAUGUGUGUGACGUCCAUUACAUUCACUCCUGGGGAAAACCAGGAGAUUCUCCAUCUUAGCCACAGGUAUCAUCUCUGAAUCUGAAAUUCUUUACACUCUUCCUUACCUUACCAAAUAUUCAAAUUCUUGGGUAGCAGCAAAAGCGAAAAUGUCUUUUUUUUUCUUUCCGAUUUUUGCCAAGUCAAUAAGUAAAAAUCCACAAUUGUGGAUUUCAGUAGAGCAAGACUUUGGCUAUUUUUCUUUUACCAUUUUUCUCUCACUUUUUAAAAGAUCUUUUUUUUUCUCUAUGUUAGAGAAAGAAAGAGAGAAAUACUUUUCUUCCUUUUUUUUUUUUUUUUUUGGUGGGGAA